ACAAACAAACAAACACACACACACACACCAGCUGUCCUUCUGCAUCAGAGGGAGAGAGAGAGAGUCUGAGAUUCCCGACACACAGGGACACGAGGUGGACGCCGGUCAUUAGCAACAAUGUCUUGCUGACACUGAACACCACAACCCGUCUUACACCCGUUUAAGUCCUCUGUUGACAUGGCAACAGGAAGGAAAAGCUCCACGUCUAAAGGUGGAGGCGUCCAUUUCCCAGACGAGAUGGAGGACGAUGUCUUGAGUGAGAGCGCUGGGGACACGCAGCAGGACAAGGUCAUCACCGCUGUAGCAGAGCCUGAUGGAGCUUACCUGGUCAAGGCAGGAUUCCUGAAAAUCCAACAUAAAUAUGAGAUUGUGUUCCUGAUCCCGCAAGUCCCCACCCUCGGAAAAGACACCUCGCUCUCCCCGGCAUUACGCACCAUGCCCAAACCACGCCUGCGCGCCACCCGCAUCAUACCCCGGCCAGAAGGAGGAGUGAAGGUGGUGUGUGAGUACAAUGCUCAGCAGGAAGGAGUGGUGCAAGACGAGCUCACACUCGUCAACAGAAGCAGGAGAGACAGCAGCGUUAAAAUCCGAGUACAGGCCAGAGUGAUGGAUCGCCAUCACGGCACACCCAUGCUUCUGGAGGGAAUACGCUGUUUGGGAACUGAAACCAAUGACAAAAAAAAGAUUUAAGCAGUUGUUCCUUGCUUGAAGAUGGUCUGUAAGGAAUAAAUGACUCAGAUCGCAUCAAUCAUGUCUAACUCUGAAUGUGGAUAUCAGCUGCACCUGAUCUUUCAGGUUUAAGAUACAUACUGUCCUGUAUGAAUCUGGUCUGAAUUACUUUUGAAAUGUUUUAAAGAAAACUUGACCAUGGAGUUUGUAAACUGUACCAUAUUUGCAGUACUGCAUGUCUGCCAUAACUCUUUAAUCAAUGAAUUAUUUCCAAAAUUCUUCUCUUCUUCAGCAAGUUAGUGUUUGAGUCAAUGAAUUAUUUGUUUGCGACUGAGAUUUACUCCUCUCCUGUUUAGGCAGUCAGUCUUUAAUGUAGUGAGGUCACUGAGACGUGACUGAGGUCUUUCAGGCAGAUCUGAGGAUUUCAACAUUUUCCUGCAUGCAGUAGAAGUCUGCACUAAAUCGUUUAAACACAGAAAUACCAACAUAUUACAAAGUAUCACAAGAUAUUAAUUAUUAUUAUUCUCAUGUGCACUUGUUUUGCACUUUAAAAGCUAGUUAGAAAAAGCCAAACUCCAAAGAAUGCAUGCUGUCACACAGACGCUAACACAGACGCUAACACAUCACGCGCUCAAACUCUUUCAAAAAGAAUGUAGAAGUUUAUGUCUUAAUCUCACAGUUUAGUUCAAGCAAUGCUUUUGUUUUUGUUUUUUAUUUAUUAGUAAUGUCUUUCUUAUUAUUUCUACCCAUAAACUGCCAGCAAAGAUGUAAUUUAAUUUUUAAUUAAUAAACAGAAAUGUAACUUUAUAAAAGAGAUAUUUACAUCAA